UUUGACCUUUUAGGUUUUGCUAUAUAUCUAUAAAAUAUGCUUAAGACAUAUUUUCUGAUCAGUUUUGUCAUCAAUAAAUGUAAUGCUCUCUACAAAGUAUUUAACUCCUGCUACACUACAUUCAGACUUGGUCAUAAAACAAUAAAAAACAAAGAAAACCAAAAAGACGAACCUACUAAAAAAACUUAACAUGCGUCCUUGCACCAUCUUUUAUUUAAUUCUUUUUGGUUGUGCAUUAAGUGAUAAAUCGUUUAAAUGUACAAACAAGACAGGAAAGAAAACGCAUGACCCAAGGAUGUAUUUGUACGAACAUGAAAAAUAACACGUUAGAAUAUAAUAAAGAAAACAUGAAAAUUAUGAAUUAAACAUUGAAGAGGUUGUAAAAUAUUUUGAAAAAUAACUGAAAAAUAUUAAAACCUAUUUAAACCGGUUUUUCUUUCCGUCUACUCUGUAACGAUACAAUUUUUAAAAUAAGCCGUUCAUGUCGCUGCUCUCCAAGAAAAGAAAGCAGUGGUGAAGUCAUCGUUUUCACGACAGUUCUUUGGAAGCCGUGAAAGGAGUCAUUCCUUUCACAACUGUGCUACGAAAAGGAGUCGUUUAUUUAAAAUCUCGUUUACAUUUGGUACAGAUACACCACGAAAUAUCAAGUAUAGGGCUUUGAAGACGGAUUAAUGACAAUGGCUCGCCAACCUGUUUGUUUUGCGUGGAAGAGGUAUGUCGCAGUGUUGCUCUGUUUUUCUUCCAUCCUGGACACGGCAAGAACGGUAACUCAUUAUUCCGUUCCGGAGGAAAUGGAUGAAGGGUCCGUUGUUGCGAAUUUAGCGGCUGAUUUGGGAUUAGAUGUAAGGAGUCUGAGCAAAAGAAAAAUGCGGGUGGACGUGGUGGGCAACAAGAAAUAUCUUGAUAUUAACAAAGACACGGGGGAGCUUUUUAUUUUGGAAAGGAUUGACAGGGAGUUUCUUUGUCCUCUCAAGACAACCACGUCCUGUUUCCUAAGAAUAGACGCAACCAUUGAAAACCCUGUGCGCAUGUUUAACAUAGAGGUUGAAAUAUUGGACAUAAACGAUAACGCUCCUCAUUUUCGUAGAGGAACGAUGCAUUUAGACAUCUCAGAGUCGAGCCCUGUUGGAGAGAGAUUCUCCCUGAACAACGCUGCUGACCCGGAUGUUGGAACGAAUUCUGUAAAAAACUACCAUCUGAGCGCAAGUGAUAAUUUUGCUAUUGAAAUUCAGACCGGGAGAGACGGAACGAAGUUUGCUGAUUUGGUUCUGAAAAAGACUCUGGACAGAGAACAGCAGGCUGUUCAUAAUCUGAUUCUGACCGCUGUGGACGGUGGGGUGCCCACGCGCACAGGUACAGCCAGCAUUAUUGUUCGCGUGCUUGAUGUGAACGACAAUGCCCCUUCAUUUGACAAAGACCAGUAUGUUGUAGAUGUGAUGGAGAACUCGCCGAUUGGAAGCUUAGUGAUCAAACUGAAUGCUACUGAUUUAGAUGAAGGCUCCAAUUCUGACAUUACUUACUCAUACAGUUUAUACACAUCAGAGAAAACCCAGAUGAUGUUUAACCUGAAUCCAGGAAAUGGUGAAAUCAGAGUAAAGGAAAUGAUAAAUUAUGAAGAUCUUAAACUGUAUGAAAUGGAGGUGAUAGCCAGUGACAAAGGACCUACCUCCUUGUCUGGACAGUGUAGAGUUACAGUCCAGGUGACUGAUAUGAAUGACAACCAUCCUGAAAUUUCCAUAAAAUCUUUUCAGAGUCCAGUAAAAGAGAAUGUGGCCACAGACACAGUGAUAGCUGUAGUUAGUGUCAGUGAUAAAGACUCAGGUGAUAAUGGACAGGUUGAUCUUCAUAUUCCAGAGAACAUGCCUUUCAAACUGAGGGAGUCCUCUGAUAACUAUUAUGAGUUAGUGGUGUCAGAGCCAUUAGACAGAGAGAAGGUCCCAGAAUAUGAAAUCACCUUCACUGUCACAGACAGAGGGUCUCCUCCUCUGUCUGACAAUGAAACUAUGACUCUGGAGCUGCUGGAUUCUGUUUCUAGCAGAGACCAGGAAAGGAAAGCUGGUGGUGAGACAGCCUGUGCCAAAGGGCUCCAGAUACAUCGUGUCCAGCAUCCCGAGAGGGACAGGACUGUCAGAGACUAG